AUGAAGUACGCUACUGCUACUGCUGCUACCCUCCUCCUCCUGACCCAAGGCGCCUUUGGCUUGUUCCGUGAUCAGAGCACCAAGAAGGAUCAUGAACAGAUCCAGCGAAAGCUAGAACAGGGAAUGGUUUGUGAGCUCGACCAUACGUAUGCUCAAUCUGCCGACACUGAAGUCCGUGUCUACGUGAGGUCCUACCCAGGAGACGGAGAUGGUCUCUUUGACAUUACUGUGCGCAAGGAGCCCUGGGCGCCCGCAGGAGGCAGUGUGACAAACCCCGGUUGGUGCAUUGAUUACGACCGUUUCAUCAGUACUGGCUACUACAGCAUGGAUAUCUUCAGUGCCUUUGACCCAGAGUUGCACUACCACAAUAACAAUCCCAACAAGCGUGCCGUCGAUAAGCGUGAGAAUCUCCCCAAUCUGGCAUGGAUGAUCAACCACAUCAAUGUGGGAGAUUACAUCAACGCAUACGUGCCUGGUUACAGCAGCAAGUGUAGAAGGACCAUCAAGUGGCAAGACAUGCAAGGAGCCAUCUGGCGUAUCAUUGAUAAUAACAAUGGAGAGAGCUGGCUGGGAUCGUCCAACAGCAACUGUGCUUCUGAGUGGAUCAAGCGGGAAGCCAUGAGCAAGGGGAACAACUACGUACCUGACUGUAUGGAUGCCAAUGAACUUGUUCCUCUCGUCUAUGUCGUCGACACAGACGAUGGUGGUACCAACAAUGGAGAUAUCACCAACCAAGUCAUCAUGUCCGAGACCAAGCUCAAGUCCAUUGAGGGCAUGUGCAAAUGCGCUCCCCCUGGUGUUCCGUUUGGAUCCUACACGGGCAAUCCUCAGUGCCACAGUGGUGGUAGCACCACGCCCUUUGGAUACGAUUACGGAUGGAAGAUGAACGGAUGCCAAGCUGGAUCGUACACACUCGAUACCGGCGGUGAAAUCAAGGGAUCCUGUGCCGUGGCCGCCCAGAUUAUCCUCGACGUAGAAUGUAACGAUGACAAGUCCGCCACCAUUUCCUGGAGUGGAACCGGUGGAUCCGUCAUGGCCAUCAAGGUGAAGGGUGGCUUUGGCGGAACAGUCUACCCUGCCAGUGACAUGCGCAAUGGAGGAACCUUUGUCGCCGGAUUCAACAAUGGCGGUCAGCGCGCUGACAUUAGCCACAUUGAAAUCUGUCUCAACUGUGUCGGACCCGAAUGUUACGUCGUAGAAGACCCCCCGGCUCCUGAUGCCGACCCCACGGAGACUGAUCGCAGUGACUUUUGGAGCUCUGUCGAGACUGCUGCCAUUGGUAUUGGCCAAGACACUCUUGAGAUCCGUGCCAACCCUGACAGCGAUGAGUGGCUCUGGAUCAAUGGAAACAUGGUCAAGGUUGCCGAAGGUGAAUGGGCUAAGGCGUCCAUCUCGGGAUUCAUGGUCCGCUACAAGCAGACCAGUUCUGCCGUGAGGGAAGCCAUCAUUUACCUCGAAGGUCCCAAGGAGAAGAUUUCCUUCAAGACAUUCAAGUCCUUUGUCCGCAUUGAUGUGGACUGGAAGGAUUCUCAAAACUACGGAGGAGCCUUGGGAUUGUUGGGAAGUUACGACCACGAAGGUGCCAUGUUCGGACGUGAUGGAAAGACUCUCAUCAAGAACCACCACAAGUUUGGACAGGAAUGGCAAGUCGAGGACUCGGAACCCAGGCUCUUCCACUCUUAUGAAGGUGCUGUGGUCAACAAGAAUGAACGAGCGCAUGAUGAUGAGAAGGAGGCGUAG